CGGUCUUUCACAGUCACCUUUUCCCCCUGGGCAACCCCCUUCUGUUCUGUUUGCACCCUCCCCACAGCCACAAAUGAACCCCACACCUCAGCCCCGACAGUUUGCACCAGGGCCUCGACCUUUACACCAACAGGGAAGCUUCAGGUCUCUGCAGCCCUUCUACACCAGUAGGACCGGGCUCGCUCCCAGCGCCGGCCCUCGUGGCGUACCCCCCAGCAGUGCUCCCCGGCCCGUGACUCCCACCCAUGUGUACCAAGCAGGCCCCGGCUCCCAAAUGAUGAUGAUUCCCCAGCAACAACUGUCCUUCCCCAGCUCACCUCAGGGUGCGGCCUUCUUCAUACCUGGGCAGUACCGGUCAGCAGCUUAUAUGACAACACCCCAGCAGUACCAGGUCCCAGCAGGAACCCCAGGCUUCUACCCUGGAACCAGCCCUGCUGAAUAUGGUACUUUUGGGGCGUUUUACCCCGCUCAGCCCCAGUUCCCCGCCUCCGUUCAGGCUGGACCGGUGAUCAUGAACCCAGCUCCUCAACAGCAGCAACCACCACAGCCCCCCCAGCACAUCUCCACCAAACGGGAACGCAAACAGAUCAGAAUAAGAGACCCUAACCGAGGAGGCCAAGACAUCACAGAGGAGAUUAUGUCAGGGGGGCGGAGUGGCUCUACUCCAACCCCUCCUCAGACGGCCGUAUCUGCAUCAGAGAGGACCGCGCUGCCCCAGGCUAACGGUGAGAGCCUCGCAGCUGCUGCGACACCCGCACUGGUUCCACCAGAUGACAGAGGGAAACCUGCCCCGCCUCCUCUGUCACACACCCCUGAGCUUGAUAAGAGUGGCCCCACCCCCAAAGAGGCCACCUCCUGUGACGCAAACACAAAGGCUCCAGCAGCGCUGCUUUUAGAAACCCCAAACUCAUCUCUUAACACGGUUUCCACUUUUGGACCUAUUUUACCGCUCUCAGACAACAUGGAUGCCUCCCCCGCUAAAAGAGAACCCACCCCAACCCCUCUGUCAGCACCUGAGGUACCUGCGUACCCUGCCCCUCUCCCUGACCCGGUCCCCACCUCCUCCAUAGAAACAGAAACAGACGAGACGGAUGAAGAGAGAAAAGAGGAAGACCUCAAAGAGACUGAAGCUGAGGAAACUCUAAGCUCUCUGGACCCACACGGUGAUCCGACCUCUGGCACUAAUGGAGUGGAGGAGGUGGAGCCAGAGCGCUUGUCAGUCGUGGUACCUACUUGUCAUCUAGAAGACUCGCUGGAGUCUCCCAUCGUUCAGCCAGAGGAGCUCUGUCUGCCCAAUGGGCUGCCUCUCCCAGCCCCUCAGGAUCCCGAGGCUCUCGCCGUGAACACCGCGGAGCGUGACGACAGCCCCAUCGCUGAGCCCGAGGUCAUCCAGCCGCCGCCAACGCAGACUUCUCUGCAGACCUCUGCAGCUGUGGCUGAGACACCAUCUGCACCAACUGUCCAGCCAACACCUGUAACGGUUGACCAGCUGCCAUCUCCACCCGCUGCGGAGGAAAGUCCCGUAGAAACGGAUUCACAGGCUACACCUGCUCCGCCCGAGGACCACGACGCUGCGCCGGAGGAGCCUCUGGAUGCUCAGGAAGAUGUUUCAGUGCCUCAGUCCAGUGUUAAAGAAGAGAUGACACCCCCUUCCGAGGCCGUCUCCUUACCUGAAAUCUCGCAGGAAACUCUGCCCACCGUGCCCACUCCCCCCGAAGAGGAGAGAGAAGACACUCCUCCUCUUCCUCUCACCGUCACCCCCGCCCUGGUAGAAAUGUCUAUGCAAGCUGCUGUGUCAGUGCCAAAGAAGAAAAGGAAAAUGAAGGACCUCAACAAGAAAGAGGCAGUUGGAGAUCUCUUGGAUGCCUUUAAGGAGGAGCAGGUAGUUGUCCCCCCAGAGCCGGCCCCUGCCCCCCCACCAAAGGCCCAGCCUCCUGCCGCGUCUCCUGCAGCCCCAGAGGACCCAGACCUGACCUGGGAGGAUAAGGAGGACAAACUGGACGCUGAGAACAUUCAGCCCGAUUCUCCUACGUCCAACGACUCUGACAUGAAGUACCAGUACAAAGAGGAACAAUGGAUGCCAAUAAACAUGGAAGAGAAGAAGAAAUACGACCGGGAGUUUCUCCUGGGCUUCCAGUUCAUCUCUGCAAGCAUGAACAGACCUGAGGGUUUACCAGCCAUCAGUGACGUCGUCCUGGACAAGGCAAACAAAGCUCCUCUGCGUCAGCUGGACCCCAGUCGUCUGCCAGGGAUGAACUGUGGGCCGGACUUCACUCCAUCUUUUGCCAACCUCGGCAGGCCUAGCAUGGGAGGAGGAAACAGAGGACCACCUCCAGGUAUGAGCAUUGGAGUCGGUGGUCCCCGUCGCUCCCAGCAGAUGCAGAGGAAGAUUUUCAUCACCAUGGCCUCCAACGAAGACGUGCAGCUCAACAAGGCAGAGAAGGCCUGGAAACCGUCUGUGAAGAAAGUCACUCGCACCCGCGCGGCCGAGGACAUAGACGAGAACGACCCAGAGAACAUUAAGACCCAGGAGCUGUUCAAGCGGGUCCGCAGUAUCCUCAACAAACUCACCCCCCAGAAGUUCCAGCAGCUCAUGAAACAGGUGAUGGAGCUGACCAUCGACACGGAGGAGAGGCUGAAAGGGGUCAUUGACCUCACCUUCGAGAAGGCCAUCUCGGAGCCGGACUUCUCAGUGGCUUACGCAAACAUGUGCCGCUGUCUUUCAGGGCUUAAAGUCCAAACCACAGAUAAGCCAGGAGCCACUGCAAACUUCCGCAAGCUGCUGCUAAAUCGAUGCCAGAAGGAGUUUGAGAAGGAUAAAGAUGACGAUGAGAUCUUUGAGAAGAAGCAGAAGGAGCUGGAAGCUGCAUCAGGGGGGGAGGAGAAGCAGCGGCUUAUGGAGGAACUAGAAGAUGCCAAAGACAAGGCCAGGAGGCGCUCACUGGGAAACAUCAAGUUCAUCGGGGAGCUGUUCAAGCUCAAAAUGCUCACAGAGGUCAUCAUGCACGACUGCAUCGUAAAGCUCCUCAAAAACCAUGACGAGGAGUCCCUGGAGUGCCUCUGCAGACUCUUGUCCACUAUUGGCAAGGACCUGGACUUUGAGAAGGCCAAGCCUCGUAUGGACCAGUAUUUCAAUCAGAUGGAGAAAAUCAUAAAGGAAAGGAAGACGACCUCCAGGAUCCGCUUCAUGUUACAAGAUGUUCUGGACCUCCGACGGAACAACUGGGUACCGCGGCGGGGGGAUCAAGGCCCCAAAACUAUCGACCAGAUCCACAAAGAGGCUGAGCUGGAGGAGCACCGGGAGCAGAUGAAGGUGCACCAAGCCCUCAUUUCCAAGAAGGACACCCCUGGAGGUCCCGGAGGCAGGAUGGGUGGAGGGGGAGGUCCUGGCCGGGGGGGCCCUCACACCCCAGGCCGUGGGGCUCCUCCUCAGGAUGAGGGCUGGAACACGGUGCCCAUUUCCAAGAACCGGCCUAUCGACACCUCUCGCCUUAGUAAAAUCACAAAGACUCCUGUUCUGGACUUCAACAACCAGCUGCUUGCUCCAGGAGGGAAAGGCUCAUGGGGGAGCUGGGGUAAAGGCAGCAGCGGGGGCACCAUUGCCAAACCUGCAGAUUCUGGCGCAGAGUCAGGGAGCCGCCCCGCAACCAGCACCCUGAACAGAUUCUCCGCCUUACAGCCAGCUCCCAUUAAUUCAGGCUUUUCUGCGGAGUCGGAGCGCAGAGUUCCUCAGAGGAACAGCUCGAGCCGAGAGAGAGGCGACCGCUUCGACCGGCGAGACGAGCGGGAUCGAAACAGACUGCAGGUCACCAAACGCAGCUUCAGCCGAGAGAAGGAGGAGCGGGGCUCGGCCAACCACCUUCCCAGAAUGCAGAGCGCCUCGGACCCCAGAGGGAGCACCAACAGAGCAAAAAGCAGAGACAACGUGAAGCGGGAGACAGCUGCAACCCCCCCGCCCCCCCAGACCCCCACCGAGCCGACCUUGACAGAAGAAGAGUUGGAGAAGAAGUCUACAGCCAUCAUUGAGGAGUACCUCCACAUUAACGACAUGAAGGAGGCCCUGCAGUGCGUGCAGGAGAUGAACAGCCCUCAGCUGCUCUUUGUGUUUGUGCGAAACGGGCUGGAGUCCACGCUGGAGCGCAGCGCCAUCGCCAGGGAGCACAUGGGCCUGCUGCUGCACCAGCUCCUGAAGAGCGGUAUCCUCUCAACGCCGCAGUACUACAAAGGGCUUCAGGAGAUUCUGGAGGUGGCUGAAGACAUGGCAAUAGACAUCCCACACAUCUUCCUGUACCUGGCUGAGCUCAUCACUCCCAUGCUGCAGGAGGGGGGCAUCCCCAUGGGAGAGCUGUUCAGGGAGAUCGCUAAGCCUUUGAUCCCUCUGGGCAAGGCUGGACUGCUGCUGGUCCACAUCCUGACCUUACUCUGCAAGGGAAUGAGCCAUAAAAACGCGGGCGCAAUGUGGAGAGAGGCGGAUCUCCGGUGGACAGAGCUUCUUCCUGAAGACGUAGACGUCAACAAGUUUGUUACCGAAAAUAACGUGGGGUUCACGUUGGGCGACGAGUCAGAGAAGAGUGGACCGAAGGAGAUGAGCGCCACCGAGCUGACCAAACAGCUGGACAGACUGAUCCAGGGCAGAGCGGACAACCAGAAGAUCUUUGACUGGGUGGAGGCCAACCUGGACGAGCAGCAGACGUCCUCCAGCAUGUUCAUCAGAGUCCUGAUGACCUGCGUCUGUCAGUCAGCAAUCAUCUGUGAGAACCCGUACAAGGUGGAUGGCGAUCAGAUCAAGCUGAGGGCCAAGCUGCUGCAGAGAUACCUGAAGGAUGAGCAGAAGGAGCUGCAGGCGCUGUUCGCCCUGCAGGCCCUGAUGGUUCAGAUGGAGCAGCCCGCCAAUCUGCUGCGGAUGUUCUUCGACACCCUUUACGACGAGGACGUGAUCAAAGAGGAGGCCUUCUACAAGUGGGAGUCCAGCAAGGACCUGGCUGAGCAGCAGGGCAAAGGCGUGGCCCUGAAGUCCGUCACCGCCUUCUUCACGUGGCUCCGGGAGGCCGAGGAAGAGUCGGACAACAGCUAGGGGGCGCCGGGCGGGGAACGAUUCAGAUUCAGUCUGAAUCCAUCUAAAGUCCUUCUGCAUGAACAGAAAAAGAGGAAAAAAUUCUUCAACUGGGAGAGAUUGUAUUAUGGAUCGAACAUUCGAUCUUUUUUUUUUUUGGAUUUCAUGUAAAAAAAACAGAAUGUCUUUUUUUGAAAUAAACAUAAAGAAAAAAAAUAGAAUUAAAGGAGAGAAUGUGAGGACGGAGCUGACCCUCUGUUUAUGAUGUCAUGCCGUCUCCUCAGUUUUUAGCUUUAGUUUGCAAACGGCUUUCGCUUGUCGUGGCAGAACUAUCACAUUCAUGGUGACCAUCGAGAGGCCGUUCACGUCUAUUUUUCUGAAGAGUUGAUGCUUUGAAUGGAGAUGCAGCGACUACUGCUCGGAUGCUGGAUGAGCGGAGUUCAUGUUUUUAAUCAAACAGAAAGGAAGGCUUCAGAUGUGGGGGCAGUAACUGAGGAGGGGUUUCUGGGAGGACUCUGACCCCUCUUGAGCCUGAUGGACUUAGAAGAAGAAGAGGGAAACUUGAAAAUCCAGACAGAUGUAUUUUGAUGCUGAAGGACUGAAAGUGUCUGUUCCUCUGCUUUCUGGACUGUUGUGUAAAUAUGUGAUGAAGAAUAUCUUUUUUGUUUUGUUUUCCAAAGAUGCUGCUGCUGUAUCUCUGUUCCUGAGACUAACCUGCAAUCCCCCGUGUAUUUAUAUUUUCUUCUCCUCAGCUGGCAGAAGGUGCUUGUAAUUAUCCAACCUGUUGAUUACAGUUCAGUGGAACAUUUGUAAAUAUUUUUUUGCUUCUCUUUAUUAAAAAGAUAUUUAAUUAAAGAAAA